AUGGUUCACGGUCGCAACCUGGUCUACAACACGUGCUGGGAAGAUCCUCGGCUCGAUCGCGAGGCAAUGCAACUCAGCAACGACGACGAGGUGCUGGUCAUCACUUCCGCUGGGUGCAAUACGCUCGACUACCUGCUGGACGAACCUCGCCAUGUUCAUGCAGUGGAUAUGAAUCCCCGCCAGAACGCCUUGCUCGAACUGAAACUGGCCGGCAUUCGUACGCUGGACUACGUCACGUUCUUCCAAAUGUUCGGACAGGGCGCGUUGACCAACCAUCGCGAGGUCUAUUACGACGCACUCCGCCCUGCUCUGCCCGAAUCGGCUCAACUAUUUUGGGACCGGCGUAUCGAUUUCUUUUCAGGAGAGGGUUGGCGAACCAGCUUCUACUUCCAUGGAACCGCAGGUUUCUUCGCACGGCUGAUCAAUACUUACAUCGACCGCGUUGCCAAAGUGCGUGGCGAUGUGCUGGCCAUGCUCGAAGCUGGCUCACUCGAUCAACAACAAGCCAUCUAUCAAGGCUCCUUGCGAGAGGCCAUUUGGUCUCGAUCCAUGCGGAUGGCGCUUGGCCGUGAUGCGACACUCUCGCUACUGGGCGUCCCUCGCGCCCAACGUCAUCAGUUAGAGCAGGACUACCAAGGUGGUAUCGUGGCGUUCAUCGAAGAUAGCCUCGACUCAGUGUUCGGGCACCUGCCGCUAAUGGACAACUACUUCUGGCGCGUCUAUCUCACCGGACGCUACACCCCGGAAUGUUGUCCCGAAUAUCUCCGCCCCCACAAUUUCGCACGACUCAAGGCCGGGCUGGUCGAUCGCGUGAGCACGCACACCACGACCGUUCUCAACUUUCUCGAGAAUCACAACCGCCACAUCUCACGCUUCGUGUUGUUGGAUCACAUGGAUUGGCUCGUAAGCAAUGCCUACGACGUGCUGCAGGCUCAAUGGGCAGCCAUUCUCAACAACAGCACCCCGGAUGCACGCAUCUUGUUUCGCAGCGGUGGGCUAUCGAGUGAAUUUGUUGACCGAGUGGAAACCACUGUAAACGGUCAGACCGCUCGGGUAGGUGAGCGGUUGGAAUACAACCGCGAACUGGCCGAUCGCUUACACCCAAUCGACCGCGUUCACACAUACGGCAGUUUCCACAUCGCGAAUGUGUUAGCAGCCGAAUACGAUGACUUCCGCAAGCGGUUGCUCUCCGGUCGUGAAGACUUGUUUGCCGCAAUUGAUGUUCCCGAGGGUGGCGUUUGGGUUGAUAUGGGAGGCGGCACCGGUUCGAACUUGGAACUCUUGGGUGACCGAAUCGAACAACUCAGCAAAGUGUAUGUUGUUGAUUUGUCGUCCUCACUCCUCGAACAGGUUCGACAUCGGGCUGAGCAAAGAGGGUGGGAUCAUGUCGAGGCCGUGCAGGCCGAUGCCACGACAUUUACGCCACCGGAAGAACAAGUGGAUCUGGUGACCUUUUCCUAUUCCCUCACCAUGAUCCCCGACUGGUUCGCCGCGCUCUCACAUGCCAGGCAACUGCUACGACCCGGGGGGCAAAUCGGCGUGGUCGACUUUUACGUUUCGCGAAAGUAUCCGGAUUCGGAAAUGCACCGCCACGGUUGGCUAAUCCGUACAUUCUGGCCAACCUGGUUUGCUAGCGACAACGUUCAUCUCAGCCCCGAUCACUUGCCCUUCUUGAGACACCACUUCGCUCAGCAACAGCUCUCGGAAUGCAUGGGAAAAAUUCCACUCUUCCCGCUGGUGCGUGCUCCGUACUAUUGGUUCUUAGAAUCCGUCGCUCGUCUGACGAUGGCACCGAUGGGCGAUGGUCUAGCCAUACGCGCCCGACUCUCGAUGUUGAGGAAUGUCAUGUUACGCAAUGCCCGCACCUGGAUCGCCCUGGCUGUCAUCGCCGGUGGAAUUACGGCGGCGGUGAUGUUGCCCAAAGAAAAGACGCCGUCCGGGGCCCCUGAAAGGCAAGGGUCCGACGACCUCGUGCGUCGUGACUUCGAUUUUGAAGAGGCGAUUGCUCAGGCUCACGACAGCGAGCCCGCGGCUGCAGCCCCACCGGCGACGCCUGCCCAAACGCCUCUUGGCUCGGGCCCAUCUCCGUUGGAUGUGCAUUCACCCCCCCCCCGGCUCGACGACUCGAUCCCCAACGACGGCGGAGUUGGCCAGCACCGUCUCUCCCCGGAGGUAUUCCAAGAUUUGGCACAGCGGCCCAUGGGCUCAGCUUCGGCGGACGACGACCCUUAUGCCGCAAAAGAACCGAUCCAACACAAGAUCAUUGAUGGCGAUACCCUGCGUUCGCUUGCGAAACGAUACCUGGGCGAAGAAUCGCGAUAUCUGGAAAUCUUCGAAGCAAAUCGCGAGCAGCUCAGCAGCCCUGAGGUGUUACCGAUCGGCGCCGAGUUGCUGAUUCCGCUAACUCCCCCGCCGAUGCCAACCGCUGCAGCUCCCCGUGUCGAAGCCGCUCCCGUUUCCUUGGGGCUCGGCGUGCCGCCUGUUGAUCCGUCUGCCAACUCGGCGGCGCCUAUGGUCGAGAUCCCACCUGGAUCAUUACGAGCGGUACCCGCCGAGGCAGGGGAAUCGCCGCGUACCUAUCGCGUGAAGGAAGGCGAUACGUUGGUCUCGAUCGCCCGCCGGCUUUACGGCGAUGGGGCGAAGUACCGCGAGAUCUUCGAAGCCAAUCGCGAGGUGCUCACCAGCCCAAACCGACUGCCUACGGGGGUGCUACUUCAGAUUCCCUAA